GGUAGGGGGGUGAUGGAGAAGAGGGGCUGCGCAACCAGGGGGAAUGAAUUAACAGAUUUAGUGUCAUCUCUCAGUCUGGGAGUAUCGACCACCUUAAUCCCUCUUCAUCCCUCUCUUCCUCCUCCUGCUCCUCCUCCUCUGUUGUCUACCAGCACCCCCUGAUUUUCCACCUCUCUUUAUCCAUGUGUGUUUUUCCAUACCUUCAGAUUAAGAUAAUACUUCACGUUUGUUUGCACGUGUCAGCGUCUACACUUUAAGCCUGCCGCAGACCCAGCAGCGUGACGCCGGGACCACUCAAGAUUGUCAACAUAUUGAUCCAUUGGUGUCGGGGACAUCGUUUCAAUCAUUGUCCGUGAUAUCAUCUCCCGUUUUACUUUUUUAUUGAUUGACCUACAGGGGUCCCACAUCGCUUUUAUGAAUCGAUUGGAUGGCGCACCGCGAGAGCACUUCGAUCCGAGGUGGGCUAAGGCGCGAGGAGGGCGAGGGUCAAAUUGUGCGCAGACGCAACAGGGGUGAUGGUGCGUCUGUGGACAAUGAGCACCAGAGAAACGCACGCACACCACAAAGCCCGAAACCGAGCGAGAUCCUCACUUGUCCUGCUUGCCUCCGCCGCCGUCUAUGAGCCACCCGGAGGCUCUCCGGCGGAUUUCCCAGCAUUCCUGACAGACAGCAGACAUCAUGUCCUCGCCCUCCCUCCCCAUGAACUCGCUCCCCCCGAGCCCGCUGGCCAUGGAGUACCUCAACGACUUUGACCUCCUCAAGUUCGAGGUGAAACCCGACACGCCGCCGCUCUCCGCUCAAUGCGGGUACCCCAAAGCGAGCGGCUCGCCGUACGCCGGCCACCCUCCUCCGCCGGACUCCAGCUUGAGCUCGAGCCCUUACGACUCGUUGCCGCCCUCGCCCACUUUGAGCGACGCCCACCCGCCGCCGUCGGGCUCGUCCUCGCUCUCGUCAUCCUCGUCCUCCAUCUCCUUCCCGCUCUCCGGCUUCACGUCCAGCGUCAAUUCCGCCGGAUCUCAGGGGAACGCGGACAGCAGCCCGGGCCACGCCGGCCCGCCUCAAGGCCCCGGCCCGGCUUCGCUGGAAGAUCUGAUCUGGUUUGCGGCCCUGCAGCAGCAGUUUGGCGGAGAGGUCCCGGGGCCCGCCACCCUCCUGGGCGCCCUGGGCGACAGAGACAGGGCGCCUGUCAACGGUUUCCUGGGCUGCGAGGACGCCGUGGAGGCUUUGCUGAACUCGGCCGCUGCGGCCGUCAGCUCCCAGUUUCCAGGUCUUUCUCAGAGCUCCAACAGCACCUUGGGAGACUCGGGCAGCGACAGCGGCGCCGACGCGUCCUGCCCCAAGGGCGGCGACAUGUGCCACCGGCCGCUCGUCUUCCUGUCCAACCCGUCGCUCCCCGGCACCGCCGCCUCAGCGGGGCCGGCUCCCUACCCGCAACCUCUCAGCCCCCAGGGCCGCCUCCUCCCCCUUCAGCAUCACCACCACCAUCAGCACCACCUUCACCACCCCGUGCACGGCGGCCAUCACCAUCAUCAUCAUCACCCGCAAGUCGCUCAGUGCGGCGGGAACGAUCGCUUCUCCGAUGAGCAACUGGUGAGCCUGUCGGUGCGCGAGCUCAACCGCCACCUGCGCGGCGUCAGCAAGGACGAGGUGGUGCGCCUGAAGCAGAAGCGGCGCACGCUAAAGAACCGCGGCUACGCCCAGUCGUGCCGCUACAAGCGCCUACAGCACCGCCACGCCCUGGAGUCGGAGAAACAUGUGCUCACGCAACAGCUGGAGCAGCUCCAGUGCGAUCUGACCCGAGUGCUGCGGGAGCGAGACGCCUACAAGGCCCGCUACGAGAAGCUCCUCGGCGCCUGCCACAACGAAGCCUCGUCGGGCCGCGGCGCCAACGGCGGCAGCCCGCCGUCGCCGCCCCCUGACUUCUUCCUCUGAGGUGACCCCUGACCUCCACCCCUACACCCACCCCACAUCCUCCAACCCAACAACCGCAAAGAGGAAAAGACAAGAGCCAACACGGACGCAAACGUGGAUGUUGGUGACUGUUCCGUGACUUGGGUUUGCUGCUUGGACUCACUUUUGACUACACUGUGAAUGAUAGUUGCACUCGCUGGGGCGACGGCGGUGCAACGGCGGAGAGGGACAGACUGCACGAUGUGAACAAAAGUCUUGGGACGCCACGCUUUACGCAUCACUCCGUUCGUCAGUCAGAGUUUGAAUUGGGAUCAUGAAGUCGCAAUAUUGUGCGGGAAAUAUUGAGAAAAUGCAUUUGUAUCAUUUCGAGGAGGGAGUAGGGGGGUAUUUAAGUAUCUUUUCAGGAAAUGGCGUUUUUCCUCUUAA